AUGAAUGCUGUGGAAAGUCCCGAAGGGCAGGAGCUGCAGGAGCUGGGGAACAGAGCUUGGGACAACCCUGCCUACAGUGGUCCCCCUUCUCCACAUGGGACACUGAGGAUCUGCACCAUCUCCAGUGUGGGGCUCCCACAGCCACAACCCAAGAAGCCUGAAGAUGGACCCCAGGAGAAGACACAAAGGACCCUAGUGUCCAGCUGCUGCUUCCAUAUCUGUCACAGCAUCAGAGGACUCUGGGGAACAACCUUGACUGAGAACACAGCAGAGAACCGAGAACUGUAUGUCAAGACCACCCUGCGGGAGCUUCUGGUGUACACUGUGUUCCUGCUGGACAUCUGUCUGUUGACCUAUGGAAUGACAAGCUCCAGUGCCUAUUACUACACCAAAGUGAUGUCCGAGCUCUUCCUACAUACCCCAUCAGAUACUGGAGUCUCCUUCCAGGCCAUCAGCAGCAUGGCAGAUUUCUGGGAUUUUGCCCAGGGCCCACUCCUGGACAGCCUGUAUUGGACUAAGUGGUACAACAACCAGAGCCUGGGCCAUGGCUCGCACUCCUUCAUCUACUACGAGAACCUGCUGCUGGGGGUUCCAAGGUUGCGGCAGCUGAGGGUCCGCAAUGAUUCCUGUGUGGUGCACAAGGACUUCCGUGAGGACAUUUUGAGCUGCUACAAUGUCUACUCUCCAGACAAAGAAGAGCAACUCCCCUUUGGGCUCCUCGAUGGCACAGCGUGGACAUACCACUCACAGGAGGAAUUGGGAGGCUCUUCCCACUGGGGGAAGCUCACAAGCUACAGCGGAGGUGGUUACUACCUGGACCUUCCAGUGUCUCGACAGGCCAGUGCAGAGGCACUCCGGAACCUUCAGGAGGGGCUGUGGCUGGACAGGGGCACUAGGGUGGUCUUCAUUGACUUCUCUGUCUACAAUGCCAACAUCAAUCUUUUCUGUGUUCUGAGACUGGUGGUGGAAUUCCCAGCUACAGGAGGUGCCAUUCCAUCCUGGCAAAUCCGCACAGUCAAGCUGAUUCGCUAUGUGAGCAACUGGGACUUCUUCAUCGUUGGCUGUGAGAUCAUCUUCUGCAUCUUCAUCUUAUACUACGUGGUGGAGGAGAUCCUAGAGCUCCGCAUGCACCAGCUUCAUUACCUUAGAAGCAUCUGGAAUGUACUGGACCUAGUGGUCAUUUUGCUCUCCAUUGUGGCCAUGGGCUUCCACAUAUUCCGAACUCUAGAGGUGAAUCGGCUGAUGGGGAAGCUCCUGCAGCAGCCAAACACAUAUGCUGACUUCGAGUUCCUGGCCUUCUGGCAGACACAGUACAACAACAUGAAUGCUGUCAAUCUUUUCUUUGCUUGGAUCAAGAUAUUCAAGUACAUCAGCUUCAACAAAACCAUGACCCAGCUCUCCUCCACACUAGCCCGUUGUGCCAAGGACAUCCUGGGUUUUGCCGUCAUGUUCUUCAUUGUUUUCUUUGCUUAUGCCCAGCUUGGCUACCUGCUUUUUGGGACUCAAGUGGAAAACUUUAGCACAUUCAUCAAGUGCAUUUUCACUCAGUUUCGAAUAAUUCUUGGGGACUUUGACUACAAUGCUAUCGACAAUGCCAACCGCAUCCUGGGCCCUGCCUACUUUGUCACCUAUGUCUUCUUCGUCUUCUUUGUGCUCCUGAACAUGUUCCUGGCCAUCAUCAAUGACACAUACUCAGAGGUCAAGGAGGAGUUGGCUGGACAGAAGGAUGAGUUGCAACUUUCUGACCUCCUGAAACAGGGCUACAACAAGACCCUACUAUGGCUGCGUCUGAAGAAGGAGAGGGUUUCAGAUGUGCAGAAGGUCCUAAAGGGUGGAGAGCAGGAGAUCCAGUUUGAGGAUUUCACUAAAACAUUAAGGCAACUGGGGCACACAGAGCAUGAGAUCACUGAGCUCACAGCUGCCUUCACCAGGUUCGACCAGGAUGGAAAUCACAUUCUGGAUGAGAAGGAGCAGGAACAAAUGCGACAGGACCUAGAGGAGGAGAGCGUGGCCCUCAGUGCUGAGAUUGAAAACCUGGGUCAGUCAAUUGUGUGCAGUCCAACGAGUAAGUUGGGCCCAGAGGCUGCCAGAGCAGGAGGCUGGGUUUCCGGAGAAGACUUCUACUUGCUCACAAGGAGAGUUCUGCAGCUGGAGACUGUUCUGGAGGGAGUUGUGUCUCAGGUUGAUGCUAUGGGCUCAAAGCUGAAGAUGCUGGAGAAGAAGGGGUGGCUGACUCCUUCCCCAGUGGUGGAGGAACAAGCAGUUUGGAAACACCUGCAGCUAGCCCCAGCUGUGCCUCUAGCCCGGUGGGAAUUUCCAUGUAAAAGAGAAGGGGAAGCCUUAGAAAUGAGUAGGCUCUGA